AUGGCUCCUACAUCAUUCUAUAUCCAAGCUCUCCCUCUGUUGUCGGGGUUGGUCUUGGCAGCAGAUUUCCCUAGCCUUCCCAAGGACUUGACCACUCCUGUACAACAACGUAUCGCCUUCAAGGGUCCUAAUGCAAACAGCUUGACUUCUCAAGCAUGUUCUACUCAGUCCUUGACUUAUGGUACCUCUCGCACUUGGGCCAACUCGGUCACCCUCUCUGGACUUGAUGCUGCUACUACAUACUACUACAAGAUCAACUCGACCAACUCGACUGUCAACCAGUUCAAGACUGCCCGUGCUCCGGGAGACACGACUAGCUUCAAUCUAGAUGUUGUUGUUGAUCGCGACAUUCCCUACAUCGAGCCUGCUUUGAAUCACACUACUAUUGCUGCACUCGCUCGCACCAUUGACAACUACGAGUUUGUGCUGCACCCAGGAGAUUUCGCAUACGCAGACGACUGGUACCUCACGCCCAAGAACUUGGCUCCCAUUGCAGGCAGAAAGCCCUACAUGGCAUCACCCGGAAACCACGAAGCCGCUUGCACAGAGAUUCCCUACACCACUGGUUUGUGCCCCGAAGGUCAGAAGAACUUCACCGACUUCAUGACUAGAUUCGAGGGACUUAUGCCUACUGCAUUCCCCUCUUCAUCCAAGAACGCAACUGCUCAGGCUUCAGCAAAGAAGGCCCAAGCAUUGGCCAACCCGCCUUUCUGGUACUCAUUCGAGUACGGCAUGGCUCAUAUUGUCAUGAUCGACACCGAGACUGACUUCCCCUCCGCACCUGAUGGUAAGGACGGCAGUGCCGGUCUGGGUGCUGGUCCCUUUGGUCAAACCCCUACCCAACAACUUCAGUUCUUGGACGCUGAUCUAGCCUCUGUUGACCGCACUGUCACUCCUUGGGUCAUUGUAGCUGGCCACCGUCCCUGGUACAGCACCGGCGCCUCCAAAAACAUCUGCGGCCCUUGCCAGACAGCCUUUGAACCCCUGUUCUACAAAUACGGCGUGGACUUGGGAGUCUUCGGCCAUGUCCACAACUCUCAACGCUUUAACCCUGUCUACAACAAUGUUGCCGACACUGCUGUUCUCAAGAAUCCCAAGGCUCCUGCAUACAUUAUUGCAGGAGGAGCUGGUAACAUUGAAGGCUUGAGUGCUGUUGGUGCCAACUAUUCGACCAAUGUGUUUGCGUACGGCGAUGAGUUCAGCUAUGCGACACUGAAUUUCCAGGAUGCGAAGAAUUUGCAGAUCAACUUCUUGAGAAGCGAUACUGGUGAGUUGUUGGAUUCGAGUGUGUUGUACAAGGAGCACAAUGUUGCUUUUAUCAGAAAUUGA